AAACAGUGCGUAGCAAAAGAAAAGGAGGGAACGGGCGAGGCGGAGAGAGAGCUCGACAGCGGGGAGGCUUGGAGCAUUUAUAGCUACUUCAACCCGAACGCCUAUUAUUUUGCAAACAAAUCGACAUUGUCAGGCGCCGUUCUUCUCUAAUUGUUUCGCUCGAAAGUUUAGCUGCAUUUGAGAUUCGAGCUAACCGUUCGUUGAGAGCAAAGUUUGUAUAUGGCAGCAACUGCAACAGCAUCUUCAGCUGGUCCACGUUAUGCACCAGAAGAUCCCACCCUCCCUAAACCUUGGCGAGGCCUAGUUGAUGGUAAGACUGGUUUUCUUUACUUCUGGAAUCCGGAGACCAAUGUUACUCAAUAUGAGAGGCCUGGGGGCUCUGCUCCAUCAAAUAAAUCAUCUUCUGGACCUGUAAGUUCAUCCAUUCAGAAGUCUUCUCAAGGACAACACCCUGACAAUGGUGAUGAUGAUAGAUAUGACACAGGUAGCAAUGGUGGCUCAAGCAGACUUUCCACUGGGGCAGAAGGAGGCAACUCUGACCAUUCUCGUGAUGUUUCACAAAUGCCAGAAGCUGGACAUGGACCUUCUGCUCCUAAAAGUUAUAGUGGAUUAAGUAUGGGGAGCGACCUAUCUCCGGAUAGCUAUCGCCGUCAGCAUGAAAUAUCUGUAACUGGAGAUAAUGUACCCCCACCUUUCACAUCAUUUAAAGCAACUGGGUUUCCGUCAGAGCUUUUGAGAGAGUUACACCAAGCUGGGUUUUCAGCUCCAACUCCAAUACAGGCGCAAUCAUGGCCUAUAGCUCUUCAAAACCGAAACAUUGUGGCUAUUGCAAAGACUGGUUCAGGGAAAACUUUGGGUUAUUUGAUUCCUGGUUUUAUGCAUCUAAAACGACGUAACAAUAAUCCUAGAAUGGGCCCAACUGUUUUGGUCUUGUCCCCAACAAGAGAGUUGGCAACACAAAUACAAGAUGAAGCUGUAAAGUUUGGUACAUCUUCAAGAAUUUCUUCUACGUGUCUGUAUGGAGGAGCACCAAAAGGUCCACAGUUGAGGGAGUUGGACAAAGGCGUAGACAUUGUGGUUGCAACUCCUGGUCGUUUAAAUGACAUUUUGGAAAUGAAAAGAGUUACACUACAUCAAGUUUCAUAUUUGGUAUUAGACGAAGCAGACCGCAUGUUGGACAUGGGGUUUGAACCUCAGAUAAGAAAGAUUGUGAAGGAGGUGCCGUCUCAGCGGCAGACUCUGAUGUUCACAGCAACAUGGCCAAAGGAUGUCCGUAAAAUUGCUGCUGAUCUACUGGUUAAUCCAGUCCAGGUUAACAUUGGGAAUGUUGAUGAACUUGUUGCAAACAAGUCAAUAACACAGUAUGUUGAAGUGUUAUCGUCAAUGGAGAAACGCCGUCGGCUAGAGCAGAUAUUGAGAUCACAAGAGCCAGGAUCAAAGAUUAUUAUUUUCUGUUCAACAAAGAAGAUGUGUGAUAUGCUUGCAGGCAACCUUAACAACAAGUUCGGGGCAGCAGCUAUUCAUGGGGACAAAUCUCAGAGUGACAGAGAUUACGUGUUAAGUCAGUUCCGCACUGGUAGGUCUCCUGUACUUGUGGCCACUGAUGUUGCUGCUCGAGGCUUGGACGUUAAAGAUAUCAGGGUUGUCAUAAACUUUGACUUCCCUACUGGAAUAGAGGAUUAUGUACACAGAAUUGGGAGAACAGGUCGUGCAGGUGCUACUGGUGUGGCAUACACAUUUUUUGGUGACCAGGAUGGGAGGUAUGCUUCGGAUCUCAUCAAAAUUUUAGAAGGAGCAAGUCAACGUGUUCCUGAUGAACUACGUGAUAUUGCUUCCCGUGGUGGUGGUGGUGGAGGAAUGGGAAGGGCUAGACGUCAAUGGAGUGCUGCCCCAGGUGGACGUGAUGGAGGAAACAGUGGACAGGACUCAGGAAGGGGAAGCUGGAGUAUGUCAUUCUCUUCGGAUAAAGGUGGAGGCCAUGGUUACAACCAUGAUUCUAACGACAGUGACAGGUAUGGCAAUAGCUCACAGGAUGCUGAUGGUUCUGGGAGCUUCCAUGCUUGCAGCUUUCAUGAACGUAUGAUGAAAGCUUCAGAGAAACCUAGGCGUAGUCCUAGUCCUAGCAGAAGCCCUAACAGGGGUUCAGGAUGGGGUGGUGACAACAACAGCAGGGGCCGCAGUCGCAGCCGUAGUGUUGAAAGGUUUGAUCAGCCUGCUCCUGUUGGUCAAGAGCCUAUAGGUCGCAGUUUUCAUGAAACCAUGAUGGCUAGGGCUGGAACGUCCUCGGUGGUCCAAAAACAGAUGUUUCCCACUUGGGAUUCAGGGAAUGUUAUUGACUCUGGAAAGGGCUGUGAAAGUUCUCCACCCAGGCAGCAAAAUGAUGAUGCCAAGGAAGAUGCUGAUGGAUCUUGCUUGAAUUAUGGGGGGGAAGGCAACAUUUCCAAGGAAGAUGGCACUUUCCAGGCUGCAUCAGAGAAUCCUUCUCCAACUCAUCCAUAAGAAUAAGAUUGUUAAAAUAUCCCUUAGUGACGUGCAUGUCUCUGACUCUUUUGAUUUUAUUUUGGCUUAUUUCCGUGUUCAUUUUACCAAGUUGACAUGCUUGUCGUAAAUGAACAAGAACAAGAAAGAACCUGGGACGGAAAUUUUGUUGACCUUUGCUUCUUCUAAGUAGUUGAACUUUACGAAAGGAAGAUGAAAGAACAAGGGGCGGAGUGAUCAGUUAAUUUUUGCCGUAAGUAAUGUAAAUUUGAAUAGCAUCUUUGUUUUGUUGAUUAUGAAGUAAUGAAUGCCCCUUUGUUUUAAA